GUCUUGCUAGUUUUACGUUUGUCAACACUGACAGCAGUAAUAAUGUUCUUGAAGUUUAUUUAGGUAAAAAAAUGAAAUGUUUAACAAAUUUAACAAUUUUUGUAUUUACAUUCAUUGCUGUGCUGUUGGUAAACAUUAUUAAUUGCUAUGCGAAGCAUCAAAGCAUAAUGCGCAUAGAAAUGGACCCCAUCGGCAUGCAUAGAAAGUUAAAGUACACUGUAGAGUUCGCUGAAACAAUUGCAAACUUGAAUUGUGAAUAUAUGGUCGUGCAACUGCUUCCGGCAGCCGUUUAUAUUAGCACCGAUGAGCUGGACGAAUUGCAACGCUUGAAAAUGAUAAAUGCGCAGUAUCCAAAAUUCAUUGACGUUGAAAUCAUAACUGAAAAAGCGAAACCCUUCUCAGUGCUUCUACGUGGAUCAACAAAGAUUAAAGAGCCAAUACAAUUGCCCAUUCAUUUUCGCUAUCAUGCAGCGAGUCUUACAAGGACCUUGGCCAAGGUAAAACUAAGUUCUCCUGAACUUUAUCUCAACUGUACGAAUGACGAUAAGCAACUCAUAGACAAGGCCCUACUAGAUGAAUAUGAUAAGUUUUACUGCCUAAACGAAGAGGCAACUGAUUUUGUAGAACGAAUCGAAAUGGAGAAAUGUAAUUGGCAACGAUUACAUUUGGAAUUCAAUAUAGAAAAUCCACUUAUAGCUGAGAUACCUGUAGGAGAUGCCAAUGGCUAUAUUCCAGUUCUCUUUGCUACACUCAGCAUCAGUUGGGCAGCUACCAUUUGGAUUAUGCUAACCACUAAUAAAGCAGCUAAACGCAUUAAUAACCAACUUAGAGAAGUGGAGUUGCAGGAAGCAAAGUUUAAAUAAUAAUCAAGAGGUUCAAGAAUUUAUAUCCAUUUAGAUUCAUGUGAUAAAUGCCGCCAGACUAGACAUUUUAUGAUAUACUUUAUUUGUUUACAUUUAUAAAUAUUUGCCGUGGAGAUAAAUACCUUAAGACCCGCGAUUCCCAGCGUCAAAUACCAUUGGCAUCUACGGGGGCAGAUUUAAAGUUGUGUGAAGUUAUCUUCCGGCAGCCUGUCUUCUUGAUGCAUGUGGCAUUUGUCUUUGUGUAAUCAAAAUAGUUAGCAACAAAUACUCUAGUAUAUAUUUAAAAAAAUGUCAAAUUUUGUUAAAUAUAAAUGUAUACAUUUUCUUAUUGUGAGAACUUUUCGAACCUCUCUCGUAAAGUCAUAUAUUGCUAUUGUCAUGUAUAUAGCGCGUGUCUUAAAAGUACAUUACACUCUAGUUUAAGCCUUGUAAUUAGGGCCGCAAUAAAUUAUGUUAAGCAGCACGUUCCAAAAAUGUUUAUGGCUAAAUC